AUGGCAAACCAUAUUGCAUCUAUUCCUACAUUGGACAUUGGACCUCAAUCAUGGUAUCUCGAUCCCUAUCACCGAGGAGGAACUAGGACAGGCAUCAAAGAGAGCGGGGUGUCUCGAGAGAAGCUCAUCGUGGCAACCAAGGUCAUCACCAAUAUCGCCGAUAUUCCUCAGGCCAUUGAUACCAGUCUCAAGAAGCUCCAGCUUGACUAUGUGGACCUGUACUUGAUCCAUUCUCCAUUCUUCACAAAGUCAAAGGAAGAGCUUCAAGCUGCCUGGGCCGCUAUGGAGCAAUUAAAGGCAUCUGGGAAGGCCCGUGGUACAUCUGUGAAUCAGAUUGAAUUUCAUCCUUACCUUCAACAUGGCAAUCUUGUUCCCUACCAAGAGAGUAAAGGUAUCAAGACUGUUAGUUAUGGUGGUCUCACUCCUGCCACCCGGGCUCAGGGUGGGCCAUUGGACCCUCUGCUCUCUUCCUUGGCCACCAAAUAUGCAGUCAGCCAGUCCGAGAUCUUGUUACACUGGACCAUUGACCGUGGCUGUGUGUCUAUUACCACCAGUGGCAAAGAAUCCCGCCUAAGCAGCUAUUUACGCACAUUUACGUUCAAACUGACACCUCAAGAGGUUGACGAGAUCUCUACGAUAGGCGAGCAGCACCAUUACCGUGCAUUCUGGCGUGAGAAGUUUGCAGAGGAUGAUCGUUCCUGA